AAAUUUCACACAAUGAUAAUCGACAUUGAAGAUAAAGAAAUUGAUGAAAAGCGUGAAAUUCCAAUAUACCCUCUUCUAUAACCAGAGCAAAAUAUAAUAGAAGUUAGAAAUGUUCAUAAAACCUACUUAUUGGGAUUAGAGGGUGUUACUGCAUUAAGAGGUUCAAUCUUAUCAAUAAGUUCUUAGGUGUAUCUUUUAAUGUGCAGGAAAGAGAAUUCAUAACUAUCUUAGGUACUUCUGGGUGCGGCAAGACUACUCUACUUAAUUUAUUAGGUAGUAUAGAUUUACCAACAAAAGUAAAAUCCAUUAUCCUAAUCUAAAAUAGGGCGAUGUGAGAAUUUGUGGUCAGAGAAUUAGGGCCUCUACAGAAGAUAAAUUCCUUGCAUCACUUAGAUUAUCUUCUUUGGGAUUCGUUUUCUAAACUUUCAAUCUUAUAUCAUCAUUGACAGCAUAAGAGAAUGUGGAAUUGCCGAUGAUUCUCAAAGGGACAUUGAGUAAAAAUGAAAUUAAAAAUAAUGCGCGGAUGUUAUUAGAAUAAGUAGGUUUGGGCACUCGAUUGAAUCAUUACCCAAAUCAAUUGUCAGGAGGAGGUACAAUUAAUAUUUAGUAUUAGAAUAACAAAGAGUUACAAUAGCAAGAGCAUUAGCUAAUAAUCCAUCCAUCCUAUUGUUGGAUGAGCCAACUGGAGAUCUUGACACAAAGAAUUCAGAUUUGAUUAUGAAGAUUAUCAUUGAUUUGAAUAUUGAAAAGGGUAUUACAAUCAUAAUGGUUACACAUGAUACUAAUUUAAAAAACUAUUCUACAAGAACAAUUAGAAUGCUUGAUGGCAAAGUAGCAAAUGAUGAAGUAAUAUUACUGGACUAUUUCAUAUUAGAGAAAUGAUGAGCAGAAUAGAAGAAAACACAUUGAUGAUUUGGCGAAAGUGGUGAGAUAAUAUCAAGACAUCAAUUUUGGUGUUCGUGCAGGAACUGUUGAAGAGAAUAGACAAAAGUAUUAUUAAAUGACCAUAUUGAUAGUGGAUCGAAAACAGAAAAGAGAUAGCCCAAAAAUUAUAAAGUCUUGAACCACCUUUAUGCUCCAAAUAGUUUAUUAAAUAAUAGAUAGGAUUUCAAUCCAUAAAUUUAGUAAUUUAACACACCUGUUCAAACAUAAAAUCCAAAUCUAUUUAUCUAAAACAAAGAUUCGAUCUAAGAAUGAAAUUUUAGUUUUAGUAUAUUUUAUAUUCAAC